AUGGCCGCCAUUUUCCUUGCCACAACCUCCGCAGUGACGACGGCAACCAUCACUCCCGUCACAAAUCGAAACCUCCUCGUCGGCCCGUCAGCCGCCACCACCACCACCACCACCACCACCACCACCACCACCACCACCACCACCACCACCACCACCACCACCACCACCACCACCUCCUGCGAUGCGGACUCGAUCCUAACCUGUCCUCGUUGCAAUUGCACAUUUACCUCACGCAUUUGCCCGAUAGGUCACUUGCGAAUCCAUCACACUGCGACCAACGCCCCAGCGUCAGGAGCUGCAGCACACACCAGGCCGCAUCCGACUUUACUGCUCACACUGUCCAAGCACAUUCAUUAA